AUGAACUCUUCCAGCAUGGAUUCAGGAAAUGGUGAUUACUUCCAAGAAGAUUCCAAUCAUAAUACAUCAUCCAACAGUGAAUUACUAGUGUUGACAAUAGAUUUAGGAGACACAAAAGAUAAUAUAAUAGUUCGUGAAAAUGAUAGGCCUUGCGAUCUAGCUAAAGCAUUUUGUAUGAAGCACGGCUUAAGUCUCAAUAUUCAAGAAAAUCUAAUUGAUCACAUUUUGGUGAAUUUAGAUAAAUUAAUCCAUGAUAUUGCGACAGAAUUGCCAACUCCUAACAAAUCUUAUAGAUCUUCAUCCGGCAAUACAUCAAGAAUUUUACAGCACGUAAAUCAAUCUUUUACAUUUGCUCCAACGAUAAAUAGCAAUUCAAGAAGAAUGGUAAGAGGCAAAUAUCGAUCACCUGUGUAUGAAAGACUUCAUAAAAUGAGCAUGAAAGAAACAAAAGAAAUUGAAGUAAAAGUCGAAAAAAAAUCGAGUAAAAUUGAGCAUCCAGGUAAAAGAUUAUAUGAACUUGCGAUUAUAAAGAAAAAAGAAAAAGAAACCAAAGCCAAAGAAGUUUUAGAAAAGAAAGAAAAAGAAGAAGCAGAAAGUCUAACUUUCGCGCCAGAAAUUAACAAGCGAAAAAUAAAAAGAGAAAGCAAGCUAGAAGACGAUUUGAUUGAAAAAGGCAAAAAGCUCAAAGAAAAUUUAAAUAAAAAGCGCCAAGAAAGUAUGGACAAGGAACAAAGUUUUUGUACUUUUUCUCCACAAAUAGAUGCAAAAAGUGAGGAAAUUGUAAAGAAAAAAAAUUAUUCAGACAGAUUUGAUUAUCUUUAUAAAGAUGCUAAAGCCAGAGAUGAGAAAAAUAAAUGCCAAGCUGAAAUAAGGUAAUAUCAACACAGCUUGAAAAAGCAAUGCCCAUUUUCCCCUAAAAUUUCGAAUAAAUCUGAAAUCAAUUUAAAUUCUAAAGGGAUUGCAGAAAAAUUAUUUAAUUGAAAAAAGGAAAAUGAUACAAAAAUUAAUAACUCUCCCCCCCCCCCCUCCGUGAGCGAACAAAAAAAUUUUGUUCGCUCACGGAGGGGGUUAAUUUUUUUUUUUUUUAAAAAAAAUAUAUAUAUAAAUUUUAUAAAAAAUAUUUUUUUCGAAAUUUAAAAAAAUCCUAAUUUGCAAAAAUUGGGAAGCAAAUAUUAAUUUAAUUUGCAAAAUUUAUGUUUUAAAACGCAAUUUGUUUAAAAUUAAACAGAAUUAGCUCUAGAUUUCAUUAUACUAAUUAUCACUUAUAUAUCAAAAUUUUUUUCCAUUAAAAUUUUUUCUAUUAAAAAAAUUUUUGUUCACUCACGGAGGGUGGGUUUUUGGUCAAAAAAUGGCGAUUUUUCUAAUGGUUUUGUUCGCUCACGGAGGGGGGGGGGGGGGGGAGUAAGUAAUUUUUACAUAGAAAAAGAGACGAAAAACAAGCAAAAGAAACUAUAGAUCCUGAUACAGGUGCAGAAUUUUUUAAGCCUAAAAUUUUGAGAGGGCCAAACAGAAUAAGGAAUAAUGAUAUAUGAAAUCAUUUAUACACAAAAAGAUCAAAUAGUGUAGAAAGUUUCAGAGGUCGCUCACCAGAACGUGGUUAUAAAAACCCAGCAUCAGAAAAAAUUGUGGAUAAAGUAAUAAUCCAUAGAUUUUUUGAUAUAUUCCAAAAGCUUAAAUCUGAUAAUGGCAAAAUAGCCUAUUCAGACAUCAGAAUUAGCAUUUUGGACCCAAAAAUUGGGCAUAUUAUUAGUCCUUUAGUUAAAGAAAUCGAAGAAAGCAAAGAAACUUUGACAUUUGAAGAAUUUUGUGGAGGAAUGGAAGCAUUGAUGAAAUGCUUAACCCCUCAAGAUAGGAAUUACUUACUGUUUUAUGACAGACCAAAAAGAGAAAAAAGCGCAGAAACUCCAAAAAUGCACUCAAGAUCAUCAUCACCUGGCAGCGGAAGUGAGUUUUAUAACCGGCUAAUGGAAAGAAAGCAAAUCUCAGAAAAGAAAAUUCAGAGGAUGAGAAGUGAAAAAGAAAUUGCAGACCUACAAGAAUGCACAUUUCAGCCAAACUCUGCAAGGAAAAAGCUGUUUUUAGACAAUAAUUAA